AGGCAGUAUUCCACAGUCCACCUUCUUCGCGGUGCUCAUCAAAGACGUCCCGACGCGGUACAUUGGCCGCGACGCGCAAAUUUUGCGGUAAAAGUGGACGAUUUUCCAUCAUCGUACCAUGUUUCCCACGCACUUUGGGGGGUAACGAGUGUUUUUUAGUUGUGCUAAAUACAGCAACUUCCCGGCGUAAAAGUGGGGUGCUUUUGCGUCGAAGUUUCUAACUUUUUCUGCACGUUGAAUCGACGCUCGGAUAUUGUGGGAUACAUGUAGGGGCAGGGAAUUUUUCCAUGAGCAGCCAGAAGGAAUGUUAACGAACGAUGUUACGACCGAAAAGAUGUCUCCAAGACUCCAACAGGAUCGAGUGAAGGUGACAAUUAGGCAUAAUUAGGGGAUAAUGAGUGGGACUGUUAUGGAUCCAGGUUCUAGCGGACCAUAUCUGGACUUCCUCCUGAAAGAGAAUGCCACAGUAAUGACAACCGCCGUUGUUCUUCCUACCGUCCAUACGCCUAUCCGGAGUGUCCUGGAGAACGUCCUGGCUAACAAUAACACCAACAGUUCAACGACCACAGCUACUCAAUCGAAUCUGAACUCGUUUUACUUCUACAAGGCUGAGCAAUUCGCCGUCCUUUGGGUGCUUUUCACGAUGAUUGUUGUUGGAAACUCAGCAGUGUUAGUAGCUCUAGUCGUGAGCAAAACAAGAAAAUCAAGGAUGAACUUUUUCAUCAGACAACUAGCCAUUGCUGACCUGGCAGUUGGCUUGAUAAAUGUAUCGGUAGAUAUUGCAUGGCGAAUCACGAUAGCGUGGUACGCAGGCAACAUCCUGUGUAAAUUGAUCCGUUUCCUUCAAGCAGUCGUCACAUACUCGUCCACCUACGUACUAGUGGCCCUUUCAAUAGAUAGAUACGAUGCCAUCACGCACCCUAUGAACUUCUCCGGUAGCUGGAAAAGAGCAAAGGUCCUAGUACUUCUGGCUUGGGUUUUGAGUAUGAUCUUCUCCAUACCAGCACUAUUCUUAUUCGAAGAAAAACCAAUUGAAGAUAUUCCCCAAUGCUGGAUAGAUUUGAACCCCACUCAAUGGAAAAUCUACAUGACAUCGGUGGCAAUUUUACUAUUUGUGAUACCAGCUUUAAUCAUCAGCACUUGUUACGCCAUAAUCGUAUGGACUAUAUGGUCUAAAAGCAAACUUUUGAUUCCUGUUGGUCAUGUUCCCAUAAGACAAAAUGAACGCAGACAUCCACGUCAAUAUAGAGAUGACCAAGAAUCAAGACGAGCAAGCUCAAGAGGACUGAUACCUAGGGCCAAAAUAAAAACAGUAAAAAUGACUUUUGUCAUUGUUUUCGUAUUUGUUUUAUGUUGGAGUCCGUAUAUAGUAUUCGAUCUUCUUCAAGUUUAUGGUUACAUUCCAAAGACACAACAUAAUAUAGCUGUUGCAACGUUUAUUCAGAGUCUAGCACCAUUGAACUCAGCAGCGAAUCCUGUAAUAUAUUGUCUUUUCUCAACACAUCUUUGUAGAAAUCUGAGAUGCUGUUCAUUAUUAAAACAAUUAAAAUUGGAUCCAUGUAGAAAGUAUCCACCUGUAAACUGGAUCGCGAACUGUAUCUCCCUGUGUUUUCCUGGAGUCCGUCAGGGACACUGCCUCGGCUACAGGAAUGGAGACUCAAAUGGGACCGUCACUACAACCAUAACCCAGCCCAGUAGAAGAUCUGGCUCUGCUGCUUCCUUGAGACACACUAUACGAUUGCAACCAACGCUCAAUACACAAAAAGUGACCAUGUCUGUAGUCUAGUCGUAAUAUUUUUUAUAUGAAAACAAUGAAAUACAUCGAUAUCUAGCUCUUUGUUAAUGAAAUAAAGCUGUGUUGGCAGGCAGGUGUAGUUCCAUAGAAACACUCCUGGCUAAAAGUCACCAAAGUUAUAUCCAUUAGAUUUUUGCAAAAAUAUUUGGUAUUGUCUAAAAUAUCCUUUGAAUCAGUUCAUUUUGUUAUAAGAUGUAUUUCAGUGUUAGCGAAGGUUUUUUCCAUUUCGUCAAAAAUUCAUGAAAUAAUUAUUAAUGAAUUUAGUUUCUGCAUAUAAGCAUAUAUUGGGGAUGGAAAUUACCUUCAUGAUCCUUCAUUUCACUUCAAAUCCUCAAGUAAUUUUACGUCAUCAAGAAAUUGUAAUGUCCAUAUUACAUAGUACAGGGUAUUGAAAUUUUGAUAGGCUAGGUACCUAUCUAUUUUUGUUCUUGAUAAACAUAGCUCAUACAUUUGUAACAUUCUAUUUAUUUAUGGAGUAGCUCGGACCCAUCAACAUUUUACUGACAUACUUUGUGAUAAUUAAAUUAUUCGUGUGGACAAAUAAUUUUAAUACCUAUUUAUAGACUGGAGAGAAAUUAUUUAUUGAUGAAGAUGUAGAGUAUUUCCAGAUGUGGAAUUUCUCAUAAAUUUUUUUGUAUACUCGAAUAUGUGAAAUGUAUGUAUUGAAAGUGUAUUUAAUGAAGUGGAUUUGUUUACUUCAAUCCAAUUUGUUUUAUUUACUUAUUGAAAAUAAAGAAGUCAUGCACAGCCUGAAA